AUGUCUGGCGACUUCGAGCGCCACCCCUUCCUACUCUCCACUCAGGAGGUAGCAGAAGCCCUCAAGACUGAUGUUGACAAGGGACUGACUUCGGCACAAGUGGCCGAGCUCUCUCAGAAAUAUCCUCCCAAUGAGCUCGACGUCGGCGGUGCCAUUCCGUGGUACACCAUCUUCCUGCGGCAGCUGUUCAAUGCCAUGAUCUUGGUGCUGUUCUUUGCAACGGCUCUAAGUCUGGGUAUCAAAGAUUGGGUUGAGGGCGGUGUCCUGGCCGCCGUUAUCGUCCUCAAUGUGACGGUAGGGUUCGUGCAGGAAUAUGGCGCCGAGAAGAAGAUGGACGCGCUCAGGGCGCUGUCUUCCCCUAGCGCAACAGUUUUGAGAGAUGGCAAGACUCAGGUCAUUCCAAACCCCGAGGUUGUUCCCGGCGAUAUCAUCAUUCUUAAGAUGGGAGACACCGUUCCUGCUGACCUGCGCCUGUUCGAGGCUAUGAACCUGAAUUGUGACGAGCAAUCUCUAACUGGCGAAGCCGCCCCUGUUGAGAAGAUUACAGAAAAUGAGAUCCAUGUUCCAGGCACCGAGAAACCCGCGACGACCGAAGAGGAAGUCGGCAUUGGUGACCGUAUCAACAUUGCAUAUGCUACUACUGUUGUACGCAAGGGUCGUGGACGCGGCAUCGUCAUUGCGACUGGCAUGCAGACAGAAGUUGGCAAGAUUGCCGCUUCUACAUCCAAGAAACACCGGAAGCCAGGCCGUUCCAUGAACUGGAGAAAAUAUGGCAAGAAGGCUCCGGUAGUUGGCCUGCUGCGCAGAUUGUAUGACUUCUUUGGCAAGUUUCUGGGCCUUACAGAGGGCACACCGCUGCAGAAGAAACUAAGCAAGCUGGCUUACAUGCUCUUCGCCUGUGCAUUAGUCUUGGCUCUGAUUGUCUUCGGUGUGAACAAGUUCAAGGCACAGAAUGAGGUCAUUAUUUAUGCCAUCUCCACUGGAAUCGCCAUCAUCCCGGAAAGUCUGGUUGCUGUGCUCACAAUUACUAUGGUCGUGGCUACCACUGUGAUGCGUAAAGCAAAUGUAGUUGUCCGGGAUCUCUCCGCCUUGGAAGCCCUUGGUGGUGUCACUAACAUCUGCUCUGACAAGACCGGUACACUCACACGAGGAGCCAUGAUAGUGCGUAAAGUCUGGCUUCCAUUUGAAAGCAUUUAUUCUGUCAAAGACUCCGAAGACCCUGCGGACCCAACAGCCGGUCGUGUCACAUACGCGAAGAAGCCACUCGACGAGCCCGAGAAGAAGGAAGUGCGAGAUUACGAUCAAGAACGAAGCGCCCCGGCACUCAAGUUCGACGUGCCAGAGGAAAAGCUUCGGCAGAAUAAGCCACAGGACAAGGAAGAGAAUGAGGCUGAGCUCACGCCGGAUCUCAAGGCUUUCUUACUAGCUGCUGCUCUUUGCAACCUAGCCACAGUGCGCUAUGAUAAAGAGGCAAGCAAAUGGCAAGCAACCGGCGAGCCAACGGAGAUAGCUCUGCAGGUCUUUGCUCACCGCUUCGAGCAGGGCAAGAAAGGUCUACUGGCGAAAGGAUGGAAGCAAGUUGCUGAAUUUCCUUUCGACAGCUCCAUAAAGCGAAUGUCGGUCGUGUAUCAUGCCCCUGAGGAUGUUGAGCAAGAUGAGUUUGGCAUCACUCCCGAGAACAGUGUCAUCUUCACCAAAGGUGCUGUUGAGCGAAUCCUUGAUAUGUGCGACUAUGUUGGCAUCGGUGAUUCGCGGCAGCCGGUAACAGACGAGCUUAAGGAGCAGAUCCUCAAGCGAAUGGACAACUUGGCGUCUCAGGGCUUGCGCGUGCUUGCCAUCGCAGGCAAGAAGUGGGAGGGCCGCUUCGCCGGCCACGCACCCGGUGGUGAAGCCGCCGAUGACGCACUUCGCACUCAAGUCGAAUCCAACCUCACCCUGCUUGGUCUUGCUGGUAUCUACGAUCCACCUCGUCGUGAGACUACACCUGCAAUCCGAGAGUGUUCAUCUGCUGGUAUCCGGGUUCACAUGCUUACUGGUGAUCAUCCUUCAACCGCCAGGGCUAUCGCUCGUGAAGUCGGUAUCAUCCCGGCUAACAUGUCAGUCCUACCUGACAGCAUGGCAGAACACUGUGUUAUGAAGGCUACCGACUUCGACAAAAUGACUGACUCGGAAAUCGAUUCACUAGAGGAAUUGCCUCUCGUCAUCGCACGUUGCGCUCCUGAUACCAAAACACGUAUGAUUGAGGCACUUCGCCGCCGAAACGCCUUUAUGGCCAUGACCGGUGACGGAGUGAACGACGCCCCUUCACUUUCUCGCGCCGACGUUGGUAUUGCCAUGGGUAGCGGCUCUGACGUCGCCAAGUCUGCUGCAAAGAUCGUGUUGACAGAUGACAAGUUCAACUCCAUUGUCGCUGCUAUUCGUGAGGGACGUCGCAUGUUUGAUAACAUUCAGAAGUUCAUUCUGCACCUGCUCACAUCAAAUGUCGGUGAAGUCAUUCUGCUUAUCGUUGGCCUUGCCUUCCGUGACAGAUCGGGCUUCUCCGUCUUCCCCAUCAGUCCUCUUGAGAUUAUCUGGAUCAACAUGCUCACAUCCUCGUUUCCUGCCUUUGGUCUAGGUCGGGAGAAGGCCAGCAACGACGUCAUGAAGAAGCCACCGCAUGACCGCCGACGCGGCGUUUUCACCAACCAGAUCCUCGCUGACAUGAUGGUGUAUGGUACAUUGAUGGGCGUCUGCACACUCAUGACAUUCGUCAUCGUCAUCUACGGUCGUUACGAUGGUAAUCUCGGCUUUGACUGCAAUAGAAAGUACUCUGAUGAAUGCCUGCCUGUGUUCCGCGCUCGAGCAGCUGUGUUCGCCGAGCUAACCUGGCUGAUUCUCCUUUCCGCUUGGGAGUUCAAGAGUAUCCGCAGGUCCAUGUUCGCGCUGCAGGUCGACAGCAAGAGCAGGUUCCCCUUCUUCAAGGACGUCUACGAGAACAGGUUCCUGUUCUGGGCUGUGGCUGUCGGUAUGGUGUCUGUCUUCCUGACGGUCUACAUCCCCGGCCUCAACAAGACCUUCUUCAAGCACGCUCCCAUCAGCUGGGAGUGGGCGCUGGUCGUGGGCUUCACCAUCGUCUUCGUGGCGGGCAUGGAGCUGUGGAAGAUGGCUAAGCGGCACUGGAAGAUCCUUGACGACCACGCCGUCGUGGUCGGACCAUUCGCCCAGGGAAGCGUAGAUACGGAUGGGCGCAGGUUCAGGAAGACGAUGAGCUUCUCCAGCUUGAAGAGCUGGCGGAGCUUUGGGAGGAAGGAUACAGAUCACAGCAACGGACUUACAUCGCGAACGCGAUCGGUAGAGAGGCCUACUUCAGCUGUAUAG